AUGCCAUGCCGAAACGGUCGGCUGGUCCGUUACCCGGAAUUCGAGGACUUCCUGGCCGGAGUCCGGAAAAACGGACCCCUUCAUUGGAUCUGCCAGCGGCGGAAUUUCCCAGUCGGCUCGAGAGUUGGCAGUUCGCCAAGCGCCCGAUCUCUCGCCGACAUCAAAAGAUCGGUUUUGGAAUCCUCGAGGGUCAAGGUAAACUAUCCUUUUGUCUAGUUUGUUCUGUGCUCAGCGCCAAAUUGGAACCUUCAAUCAGAUAAUCGAGACCAAAUUGAUAAGGGGCUGAUAGUUAAAAUGGAGAUAAAAUGGUUGUGAUAAGGAAAGAGAGCGAAUUUUGAAGGAAGGUUGGAAAAAAAAAGAAACUUCGAUUUUAAUUCAUACCAUACAUGGGAUAGUCUCGAUGGGACCUGUAAAGGGAGGAAGAGGGGGGACUUAGUAAGAAAAAGGGGGGAGGGCAAAAUCGUAAAAGCCAGUCAGGCUCCUCCCAUGUAUUCAUACUUGAUUCAGUCUGACUUCUCUGCGUCUCUUUUCCCUCACCCUGGAGGUCAUAGAAACUUAGAAACAGCACUAGGUGAGAGAAAAGAGGGCGCAGAGAAACGAGAUUAUUUGGAGUUUUGGCGAAUGAUAUUCUAAAGGUUUUUAUCAAGAUUUUAAGAGUCCAAUUUAAAUUUUUAGGCAUUCCUAAUUUUGAGCUCAGGAACAUCAGAGUAGUCCUUAUAGGGGCAACUUCAGGGGCGUUUGAAGGUUCCCUUUUAGGGACUGCUUGACCUCAUCUUAUAGGUGCACGAGAGUUUCCAAAAGUUUAAGUUUAAAACCCUACAGGGAGCACUUUUUCGUAUCCUCUAGGGGCUGUUUCCCCUGACCCCUGUAGGGGCUACUCUAGCGUUUCUAAGAGUAGUGACAUAGCGCAUCACAAAGAAAUUCCAGGUUUCUACAAUUUCGCGACAAAGUUGCUCCAUGGACAAAAAACUGAUUUUUACAGAAUGUGGUGGCUGAGGAAGCGAUCAGAAGAGAUUGGAAAGAAAAGUUGGUUUUCAAAGAAGCCGAGGCGAUUUUGGAAGAAAUGGCCCACGCGUACAGUAUCUACAAUGUUCGGGCGCUUGGAUUCGUCGUUUGUGCGGCUAUGGAGGUUAUUAAUAUUUUAAUUUUGACUAUUAUCCAUUCCAAAUGCGGCCAGGGGCGUUCAACUUGAAGAAAACGGUGUUUUGCUUCUUUUUCUAGUUGUUUUGAAUGGAAAAGGCUUCGAGAAAACAUAAAUUUAGUCAAAAUACGUCUUUUUCACAAAUAGGAAAUAUUGAAAAAAAUCUAAAAAAACUAUGAUCAGAAAGUUUUAGUUUCCUCUUCAUGAACCCCCCAUCAAAACUGGAAAAUUUCGGAAGAUCUUCUCAGUUUUUUUGUUUGUGUAGCUCAUAAUGAAUUAUAUGGCAAUCGAACAUAAAAUGCGAUGCCAACCUUCUUUUAAAUUAAUAUUGAAACGGGAAGGUGCUCUAAUUCAAACUUCAUUCUUCUUUCUAGAAACCCCCCCGGUCGAACUUUUGACCGCACUUUAGGACCUCCUGAUAUCAGAACAGAACAAAAAAAAAAUGUCCCGUAAUAGAUCUGGUUUUAAAGUUAAGAAGCUUCAAAAGCUUGAAAUGUCGCUUUUUCGUCAAAAAAUGAGCAUUUUGAGGACUUCGAAGCUUCAUAACUCGAAAAAUAGAUAUAUUGCUAGAAAUUUCGUACGUUGUCAGGAGGUCCUAAAGAACAGUUUAGCAAAAGUUUGGCUGCAAAAAUUUCAACGGGGGAAGUUCCUUGGUCAGAGCUGUUCUAACAAGAAGCCGCGAUCGAAAAAAAUUUGAUAUAUUUCUAUCUAUUUUGGAAAUUUACAUCUUCCAUUUUCGAUCAUUCCCCAAUUUACACACUCCAUGAACAUUUCGAGACGAAAUGGUUCAAAAAAAUGGGCAAUUUUUUUCGAUCGCGUUGCAAACCCCCAGCUCUGAUUUUUUUCAUCAUUUUUCAGAAAAUGUUCGACUCAAUAAUGGUGAACGAGCAAAUGUUGCUGAAAAUCCGGGCGAUGAGUCCAAAUGACGCCGUCAUUUUCAUGCCGUCUCACAAGACCUACAUGGAUUUCAUCAUCCUUUCUUUGAUCUGUUUCCAUUAUGUGAGUACAUUUCGAGCUUUCUGACCUGUCUGCGCUCUCUUCUCUCUCACAAUUUCUCCUAACAGAGAAAUUUCAAAAAUUUAUCAGACGUAAUUUUUCCCGCUGAUUCUGAAUCUGUACUUGAAAAACGGCGAAAAGGUCUGCACGUGAUAAAAAAGAGAAAAAAUCUUCUUUUUUUUAUAGUCUGUUCAGAUUUUAUAUGUCAAGUAGAAUGACGUCAUUCUAAAAUGCUCUGUGGGUGGCUCGCUCUCUGAUUUGGUUUAUCGCGUCAUUAGGGGGCGGAGCUUUGGCGAGGACUUGACAUUUGAAAUCUGAACAGAUUAUAAAGCCACGACGUUUUUGUUAGUGGAAGGAAAGGCAAAUCCAAAAAUGAAGGGGCGUGGUCAAAACCUCCCAUGUGACGUCAUGAGAAAAACGCGUAAACAACAGGAAAUAUUAAAGGCGCAUGGUCAUUUAAAAAACGCGAUUUUUCUGUUUUUUCUUAACACAUGGAAGUAAUUCCGCGAAACUCAAAAUAGCCUGGUACCAAGUCCGGAAAAUCUAUCUUGAAAUCAUUUUUUAGCUUAAACACCAUUUUUCAAAGUUGUCCAAACGCUUAAAAAUUUUGAGCUUUAACUCUUUAUGACUCCGGUCAUUUCUCAACAAAUUUGAGGGGCCAUAACUUUUUUCACAGACAUUCCUGUCAAUUUUCAAGCUUAGACUCGGAAUCAGCUCAAAAAAUAACCCCUAGUUGCCACAUUCCCGUUCAAAAUUCCCAAUUUAAGCUGAGAGCGUUUCCUGGGGAGAGAUUAGAGAGCGCAGACACGCCAGACAGUUUCAGAAUGAGGCAAAUUUCCAGGAAAUUCAACUACCAGCGAUCGCAGCUGGGAUGGACUUCAUGAACAUGAAGUUCAUUGGGGAGCUUCUCCGCCGUUCCGGAGCCUUUUUCAUGAGACGAUCUUUCGGCCAUGUUUAACUGAAAAACCGCGACGCGACCGCAACGCAGCACUUUUCAGGACAAGUUAUACUGGGCCGUUUUCACCGAAUAUGUCCAAUCGCAUAUCGUCUUUAAUGAUCGGCCAGUAGAGUUUUUCGUGGAAGGAACUAGAAGUCGAGUCGGGAAAAGCCUGCAUCCCAAGUAUGGCCUUCUACAGAUUGUUCUGGAGCCUUACUUGAGAGGCUCAACUUUUGAUAUUGUGAGUUUCCACAGAAUUUUAAAAACGGUCCAUAUAAUUCAUUCACAUCUGGCUUGGAAGGAAAUAGUGUCUAAUCCUCUUCUUUUUGCACACUGUCUCGCUGAAACCUGUUGAAUUUCUCUCAAGCCAACGGUUAAUGGACCACAGUCCAUUUUUUUGCGGGGAAAGGGCUAUAAUUCAUUAAGAAAAAUAUGAAUGGACUUAUAAGCCUAUGGAAAAGGCCAGAGUCAAAAAAACUGAUUCAGUGGAAAAAGUCAGAAAAAGGCCUCCGAUUUGGGAUUUUAGGCCUCGAUCUUUUCCUUUUUUUUUCUGAUAACGUUUGUCCAAUCCUCUUCUUUUGCACACUGUCUCGCUGAAACCUGUUGAAUUCUUAUCGAGCCAGCGGUGAAUGGUCCAUUUGGGCCUAAGGAAAAUGCCAAGGUCAAAAAACUGAUUUAGUGGAAAAAAAAGUCAAAAAAGUGAAGAAAAGUCAAAAAAAGGCCUCCGAUUUGGGAUUUUAGGCCUCGCUAUUUUCAUUUAUUUUUCUGAUACUAUUUGUCUAAUCCUCUUCUUUUUGCACACUCUCUCGCUGAAACCUGCUGAAUUCUUAUCGAGCCAGCAGUGAAUGGUCCAUUUGGGCCUAGGGAAAAUGCCAAGGUCAAAAAACUGAUUCAGUGACAAAAAAAAGUCGGAAAAAAGGCCUCCGCACUCUGAUUUGGGAUUUUAGGCCUCGUUAUUUUCAUUCAUUUUUCUGGUAAUGUAUUUUUUUUGUCAUGCCUAUGACGUAUAGUCCGUGGGCCGCGACUUGAAAUUUUUCGAGUGUCUCCGUCUCUCUGUUCCCUCGUCGUUUAGGUCAGAGAAACAUGAAAAGAGCACGUAAAAGUGAGAGAGGCGAGGAGGGCGCAGAGAAGUUUUUUUUUACUCUGCGCCCUCCUUAUCUCUCGCCUUUCAAAUCGCGGGAUUCGUGAAAAAUGGAGGCCGAAGUCAGAAAAAAUUCCGGAAAAAAAGAAGGAGGCCGAAUUUUACAAAUCGCGGCUCUUUUUUGAAUCUUUUUUUCCCAUCAAAACCCCGGAUCCUUGUAAAAUAAAGCAUUUCAAGCCUAUUACAGACAAUUGUGCCAGUCUCAAUGACCUAUGACAAAAUUCUUGAAGAGAAACUGUAUGCCUAUGAACUCCUCGGCUUCCCCAAACCGAAGGAAUCGACGUCAGGUUUUUUUGAAAAAUAAUUUCAUAAAAAAAAGUAGAAAAAUCUCAGGAUUAUUCAAAGCUAGGGAAAUAUUGAACAAGAAGAACGGCAGCUGUUUUUUGACGUUCGGGGAGCCGAUUUCAGUUCGGAAAUAUUUUGGCGUCUCUCUUCAUCGGAGCGCUUUCGUCUGUCAGGUUUUCGGUAUUUUAUAUACUUUUGAAACGAGGGAAGAAGACUAAAUAACAAAAAUCGAUACAGUCUGCUCACAGAUUUUCUCACAGAGUCAGCUUUUGAAGGUCAAGUACAAUGACGUCAUUAGAAAACGCUCUGUGGAUGGCUCUUCUUUUGAUUGGCUCAUUGCGCUAUUAGGGGCGGAGCUUGAGCGACGGCCUGACUUUCAAAAUCUGAACAGGACUUCAGAGUGGUCCCUAUAGGGGCAAACCUAGAGAAAUGUAUUUUCAAUUUUCAAGUUUAAAAAAAGAUUUUAAAAAAAAUUAAAAGACCCUAUACGGACCACUUGAGCUUUGGGAGCUUAGGAAUGAGAUCUCACAUCCCUAUAGAGACUACUUUAGCGUUUCUAAGUGUACUUCCCAUAGUCCCAAUUUAUAAUAAUUUAAGAUUUUUGUUUCAAAAGAUCUUCAUCUACUAUAAUUUUUUCAAAAGGCAAAAUGCGGAAGUCGUUUUGGGUCGGUUGCAGAUUGGAAUGAUGUGUCAACUUACAAACUCACAUGACUUAGUUGAAAACAAUAUAUUGUCCACGCAAAAAUUCAGAAAAAUGCCAAAAUGGUCGCAGUGGGAAUGGCUUAAUGCGCAAAAGCUGCGAAUUUAAUUUUUUGAAUUUUUUGCUUUUUUUUCAGUUCACCCGACCUCAAAGCGACUUGCGCCUUUCAUACAAAAUUGUUCUCGAUUUUUAUUUUUUUUAAAUCAGGAAAAAAGUAAGAUUAUCGACGUAAAAAAACUUUCAAUAACUUCCGGUUGUUCUCAUUGAGCCAUUCCAAAUGCGACCAUAAAGCUUCAAUUCCAGCUAUAUCGCUCGAUUUUGACGUUUUUUAUUUCCGUUUUUGAAGAUUAUUUUCAGCCAGACUCCCAAUUCGUCCUAGACGACCAAGCAAAACGAGAAAUCAAAAGAUUCGCCCAUCAAGUCGUCGAAAUUCAAAAUAAAAAUGCGGUCAUCACUGUUUGGUCCCUCGCUUCGAUGGUCAUGCUACAGGUACUUUCCAAAAAAAUAAAUCAACCUAAAUUCAAGCCAGGAACUUGACCUGAACGACCUGACGACGUUCCGUUAUCGUUGGCUCCACGAAAAAGUCCACGAUCUUCUCAAGCUUCUUCACUUGCUAGGAACUACUGUGAAUGUUCAAGAGAACUUGGAUCAUGACUUAAGGUUUUUUUUUCUUCAUUUAAUAUCGAUUUACGGGCGUUUGGCCUUCUUAACUGAGGAACACUAGAGUGGUCUCUUUUAGGGCAACUGUAGAAAUCCUUGAAGGUUUCCCUCUAGGGACCACCUUACAUUUUCAAGCUUUAGGGCCCCCUCAAGGGGUUCUAGUUAAUGCGCAUAAUGGGGGAGUAGGAUAGUGGUCCCUAGAGGGUGUUCAGUUUUUAAUAAAUUAGCAUUAUUGAAAAGGGAAAAAAAUCAAUGAAACUUUCAAGUUUCAAAGUAUAAAAAAAAAAUCGAAAAACCCCUAUAGGGACCACUUGAGCUUGAGGGCUUAGGGACUGACUAUAAAACCCUAUAGUGACCACUAAUUUCAUCCCUAUAGAAAUUGUUCCUUUUAAAAUUUAAAAUCAAGUCUUUUUUAGGUUUUUCCCUGCUAAAAAGAUAUAUAAAAGAAAAAAUCUUAUCAAAAAGUUGAAAGAAAAAUGGCAAAACGAAAAUACAAGGAUAGGACUCGAACUUUGGUAUUGAACUUUCCAGUCUAAAUCGUUAACCUCUAGGCUAACUGCUUAAUGAGUUUUAUGAAAGUACGAUUUUUGAAAGACCUGUACAAAAACGAAUAACAACCAGAAACUCUAGUAGAACAUUGAAUAGAAAAAGUGGAACGACAAAAAAAAUUCUCUCAGAGGAUUCGAACCUUGGUCACGGAUUUCUUAAGCCAAAGACUUAUCCACUAGGCUAUAUGUUAAGCUUAGAAGCUGCUCCAGAGCUCUAAGAUUAGAUUGGGCUUUUCAAAACUGUACGAAUAAGAGAGAAAGUUAUUGAGAAAGCCAUUCGCUUGGAAAAUUCAUAGAAAGAGUGAAACGGCAAAAAACUUCUUCUGUCAGAGGAUUCGAACCUUGGUUACGGAUUUCUUAAGCUAAGACGUUAUCCACUAGGCUAAGUUUCAUAGGCAUCAAAUCAGGCUUGAUCCCCUAAGUGCACGAAAAAAGUUUGAAUAAAGUAGCGAACCCAACUCAGAAACUUCUAUAAAGAUUGAAACGGCAAAAGAAAUUACAUCAAAGAUUCAACUUUUCUACUCUAGUGCGCUACUAAUUAGACUAUUUGACUAGUUGAAAAAUUUCUUUCUAAAAAAAAAUAAGAGAAAAUUCGAGAUUCACGAUUUUAUUCCCUCAAAUUCCGAUUUCAUUACACGCCGACCACGAAUCGACGCCACAACCACCGCAGUGGCGGAAAAUGAAAUGUGUUGUACGCAAUGCACACGAUGCAUAAAAAUUGACGCGCAAAAAACAAAAUUGAAUCUUAUUAUGACCAAAAUUCGUUUUCAUUCAGAGAUAGCCAAAGAAAAUUCUGAAAUAUUAUUCUAAAAAAAUCGUACCAGAUUUUUGUGAAGCGCUCUAAGAAAAUAUAUGAAAUAUAUUCAGAAAGCCAGAAAAGUAACUUUUUUAAAAGCCAAAAUAUUUUCAAAAAAUUUUCAGCUCAAAAGUAACCCAAUAAAAGUCCUAAAAAGGUUCAAAAAUUUGAAGGAACUACCUGACGAUCCACGAAGAUUUGUUCGAACGUAGCUCCGACGAGGAUUUCGUGCUCCGACUUGUCGACCAGCCCGUCGAGCAGGAUUCCGCGGGAAUCUCGAAGAUCAUCAUGGGAAGAGCCGUUUCCCGACUGAUCCUCACCACCUAUUCCAACGGGGUGCGACUUUCCUCUUAAUUUUCUUUGAUUUCAAUGAUUUUUUGGCUUACAGGAAUAUUUCAGGCCAUGUCAAGUUAUUUCAUGGAUUUCAACAUUGACAUUAUGUUCGUUUGAAAUAAUUACGCGAAAUAAGCAAAAUUAGACUCGAAAUAAAUCAUAAUGGUCUCAAUAUUCAACCAGGAUAGCGCACGAUUUAUCCCUGUAGGGGCACUUCUUCCUCCCCUUACCCCUAUAGGGACCACUUAAGCUUCAGGAGCUUUGGGGUCAGACCGUGAAACCCUAUGAGGGACACGUGAGCUUCACUCCCAUAGGGGGCACUUUUUCUCCCUCAGAGGGGCUGCUUUACUCCCCUGACCCCUAUAGAGAGCACUCUGGAGUUCCUUAAUUAGAAGAUUGUGAAAAAAUUGGGUCCUACAACGAAAUGGCGACGCGAAUUCAAAAUUUUGGUAAAAAAUGAGCCAUAUCAAUGCGAUUUUUACGUGGAAAGAUAAUUUUUCGUAUUUCAAAUAAUCAUUUUGAACGAAUAAAACGUCAUCAGAAUUGCUAAAUAAUAACAAAACCUCUAGAGAACCUUAAAAAGCGGAGAUUAAAUUAAAAAUGUCUUAUAAUUUUGUUCAGGAAAAUGGGGAGGGCUAUUUUCAUUCACAGCUCAAAAAAGACGCAAAAAUGGACUUGAAAAUGCUUCUAGAAGGGACCAAAAAGACCCUUCAAACGGCUAUUUUGUUCCAUUUUUUUCUUAUUUUUUUCUAUUCUUAAGCUCUUAUAGAAUUAGCUAAAAAACGCCCAAAUCUCAGUUAUUUUUCGGAAUUUCGCAGAAAAGCUAGAAAUUUAAAAUUCAAACUUUCCAAAAUAGGAUCUCUGUUUCGCAGAAAACUGGUGUUUCAAGCCGAAAAAAAUGAAAAAUAAAAUUUACUUUGAAAAUUUCAUUUUAGCUAAAACUAAAACUUAGGGGUCGCUAUAGGGAUCAUCCAGCUUUAUUCAAAAAAGGCUUUUUUUUAGUUUUUCGCAUUUAAAUGCUUCUCCUUAUAAGGGCCCCCCAAUUUGCCUCUGUAGGGACCACUCUGGAUUUUCUAAGGAAGUCAAUUUUUCAAAAAUUCAGAUGAUACAUGCUGUGGACAGCGAAGGGAUUCUGUGUAUUUUGGUACGAUCCAUGGAAUCGGCAAGUAUUGAUCAGCUUCGGAAAGAGUUUUUGGUGAGUAAUUUAUUGAAAAAAAUAAACUUGUCAUAAAAAAAUAAAGCUUCGACUUUUUUUAUCGUUAGAAUCUCGAAAACAUCAAUCUGACGAAAAAAAACAUUUACUUGGCAAUUUUUUUCUUUUUUUCUAAAUUUUUUUCUCAAGGAAAAGACAUAAAAAUCAUUUUCAGAAAAAAAUAUCGAUCAAACUUCUUGAUAAACUUUUUCAAUUAUGAGAAAGGCACAAAAUGGCAGUCAAGUUCAAUUUUACUGAGCUGAAAACUGUUUUUUUAUGUUGAAAAAAACAUUGAAAACCUGGAAAACGUGCCGUUGAGAAUGAUUGAUAGCGAAUGACCAAGAAAAAGGUAAAAAAUCGAAAAUGGUCAAUUUUUGGGCAUAUUAGGUCAAUGCAACAUUUGGCGCGCCUGAUCAAAAUAUUUGUCAAUUUCGACUUAAAAUCCUGCUUUUUUUCCCUUUUUUUAAUAAUAUUUCGAAAGGGAAUCUAGAUAUGAAGCACAAAAUGACGUAGAAAAAAAUUUUUUUAGCUUAUCUUAAUUUUUCCAGCUUCGCAUUUCAUUUUUUUCAUUUUACUUCCUAAUCGAGGUAAAAUUUGUAGAAUGAAAAAAAUUUUUUUAAAUAUAUAUAUAGAUCAUUUUUAUCUUUCUGCGUAAAUCAAUCAAGAGCCGUUUCAUUUGAUAUAUCUAGAUCCUGGGAUACGAAAGGUUUUUUCCAAAAAUUUUCCAACCCAUAAUUUUAAUACCCCUAUAGGGACCCCUACGACAAGCUUUGGAGGGCUGUUUAGUCUAUAGGGGUCCCUCAUAGAUUCCCACAAAAAUCAAGUUAAAAAUCAUGAUUAAUAUUUUCCAGUUGGCUACACUUCCUAUUGAAACGGGAAUUCGUCAGUACGCCCGGGGAGUUGAACAAAUUGUUCGAUGAAACGUUGGGAAUCCUUUUGGAAGCUCGAAUUUUGGACAUUUUCGAAGAAAGGCCGGUUAUUCUGGCCGAGAACUACUCUCGAAAGCUUGAACUGAUGAUUUUGGUGAUUUUCUAAUUUUUAUUCUCGGGAGUGGAUCAAUUUUAGCCCUAUAUUUUCAACUUCAAAAUGAUUUUCGAUGCUGCAAAAUCGCUUCCAGCAACUUUCAAGAGUUUGAAUGAAGUCGUUCCGAAAGUUCAGGAGGUAUGUCUUUCAAAAAAAAGAUCUUCUAAGGGUUUUUAUAGUCAAUUUAUGCAUCUUUUUCCCAUCCUCUGAUGAAAAGAAACUAAAAAGAUUCCAGGGGAACCCUCUGAGACUAUAAGAAAGGGGCUCAAAAGCUUUUUCGCAUGAUUUCUGAAGCUUUUCAGCUCUUUUUGAGGCACUCAAGAGGGUUUUUCUGUUUUCUCUCGAAAUAUAUCAUUUUCAGCACAUUUGCAACGUUUAUUCCACUGGAAGCCAACCAGUUCGAUUGUCUUUUUUGUCGACUGAACCGAUCAAAAAUGCUCUUCUCGCUUUGUUGGACCUUCAGGCGAUCCGAAGAACUGUGAGUUGGAGAAAAAAAUCUAGGAUAUGAUAGAAAAAAACCCAACUUGAUAAUAUCCUUUUUGAAAUUAUUAUUUUUCCUAGAAAUUAAAAAAAUAACAUUGUCAAAAUUUAACUUUUUUUGUUGGCAGGCGUUACACUAGGAGCAUUUAGAAAAAUAUUUCUCGCAAAAAGAUUUUUCUUUGAAAUACGGCUACUUUUUCACGACUUUUUGAAGUCAUUGCACAAAGACCAGAGAUCAACUGCAAUCUGAAGAGACGCCAGAGAAAGAGGAAACUUCUGCUUCUCUGGCGUCUCUUCAGCCCGCAUUGUCUCUCUCUUUUUUCAAAAAAAUACCUCUCAGGAAGCCGGAUUCGAGAUCGACAGCGGGAAAUUGACACAGGAGCAGUCGAGGAUAGGAAAUUAUGUCAACAGUCGGAAAAACGCCAACUCCAAGCUUUAA